UCCUUGUUUCUGAUCUUCAAGAACUAAUGGAGAAGCAGAGUGGCUUUGGUGCUCGAUAUCGUCGUUCCAAUUCUGUCUACAACUAUGAAGUCUAUCAUACCUUAGAAGAGAUACAGAAUUGGAUGCUUCAGAUGUACCAAACCUAUUCUCAACUCCUUUAUCUUUUCUCGAUUGGGACAUCAUAUGAAGGAAGACCUCUCUAUGUUCUUCAGUUAGGCAAGAGGUCACAUCCUUUCAAGAAAGCAGUGUGGAUAGAUUGUGGUAUUCAUGCCAGAGAGUGGAUUGGUCCAGCCUUUUGUCAAUGGUUCGUAAAAGAAGCUGUAAAGACAUACCACAGUGAUCCUGUAAUGCGAAGACUUCUGAAACAACUGUAUUUCUACAUUAUGCCUGUUUUUAAUGUAGAUGGAUACCAUUAUAGCUGGACAACAGAUCGAUUCUGGAGAAAGACACGUUCUAACAGUACUUAUUUCAAUUGCCAUGGUGUUGAUGCCAAUCGUAAUUGGAAGAUCAAGUGGUGUAGUGAAGGUGCAUCAUUACAUCCUUGUGCUGAUACAUACUGUGGACCCAUGCCAGAAUCUGAGCCGGAGGUCAAGGCAGUUGCAACCUUCCUGCGUAAAAACAAGAAACAAAUUAAAGCAUAUAUUUCAUUCCAUUCAUAUUCCCAAAUGCUCCUUUAUCCAUAUUCCUAUAAGGAUGCAAUCAUUCCUAAUUUUAACUGUGUGGAAUCUGCAGCAUUCAAAGCUGUCAAUGCUCUUCGCUCUGUGUAUGGUAGCAAAUAUAAACAUGGACCAGCAUCUAGCACUUUGUAUGUUAUAUCUGGUAGUUCUAUUGAUUGGGCCUAUAAACAAGGAAUUCCCUAUGCAUUUGCAUUUGAACUACGAGAUACCGGAUAUUAUGGAUUUUUGCUGCCAGAAUCUCUAAUCAGACCCACGUGUACAGAGACGACAUUAGCCAUCAAAAAUAUUACAAAUCAUCUCCUAAAAGAGUGCCCAUUGAAGUGAGGAACUAUUUAUCACCAUAUAGUUUGAUUUAUUUUUUAAUUUUGCAUAAAUAAGCUAAAAUGAACAAUGAUUUAAUGCUGUUUCUG